CUUCAUGCUGUACACAUUAAAUUAUAUCAUGAGCAGAUGCUUUCGAUUGAAGAUGGUGAACAUGAUGAAAUCUCUCUAUUUUUACUGGCUAGUAUGUGUUAAUAUGAUGAAAACUGAUGCAUCAUCUAUACUGAAACCUGAUGAAUGUGGUUUGGACAUAAUGGUAGUCCUAGAUGGUAGUUCCAGUAUCUCUAAGGAGAACAAGGCUAUAACACGUAGUGCUUUACUCCCCAUGGUUGACCACUUACAAGAGCUGACUGGUAUUGGUACGGGAGCUAAGUCAUCCCUCAUAAGCUUUAUACUGUAUGGCGAAGAAAUACUAUUACAAGUUGAUAUGUCCAAACACCAAACAUACAACGAUGUGGUCACACAGCUGAAAAGGACACUUCUAGUGGAGGAUGAAUGGCCAUAUUGGAGACAUACAAGAACAGAUCUUGCAUUGACAAAAGCCCUACAACAUCUGAUGACUGCAGGCAGACCAGACACCCGCAAGAUGAUUAUUCUUGAAACUGAUGGAGCAACAUUUCCUUUAGGAAAACAUAGGAGGACUAUAAUGAUUGCUCAAUAUAACAGGGAAUAUGUACAAUACCAAAUACCCAUACUUGUGAUUGUCUUCCCAAAUAACUUUGGAAGUCGGUCCAGUCAAACUCAAGUGAACAUGAAGAAAGAAAUUAAUGCUAUUACGUGGGGGAUUGAAAAGCGAAUUUACAACACAACUGACUUUAAUGAUGCUGCAAGGACAAUGGUAUAUAUCUUAGAUGAUAUAUUUGACAGCAGCAGCACACGUGGAUUGGAUAUCUCUAAUAAAUGCAACGAUGGGCAAGUUGAAGCCACACAAGUUUCAACAACUGCAGCCCCUCCACAGACUCAAUGCUGCCCGUGCCCUGGCGGGACAACUUUGGCAAGAUCAACUUCUGCAACUGCAACAUCAACUCAAGCUCC